GCCACAGCGUCAGCAUCGUCCACAUACUCACGCGGCGGCUUUCUUUUGUGGCUGACGGCGUCACCGCCGACGUGUCUUGCCGCGACCAGCGCUGUCGCGCGGUGCGCUAGCGCAGCGACUCUGAGAAUAGCAGUGUUAGUGUGAAAUGUUUCAACUUACUUCGUCGUGUGAUACAACUCUAAUUUAAAGGAGCUUAAGCAUAGAAGUGAUUUGGUGUUAUUUGAAAACAAUGUAAUUAUUAUCUAGUUUACUUCUUAUUGUAUUUUCGAAAAUCGCUAAAGUACUUCGGUGCCCUAAAGGGUUUCCUGUUUAGAGUUUUGAGUGGUGGAAACGAAUAAAAGAUGAACAUGGAAAUACAUUGAAGAAUAUAUAUUUUAAUCUUAUUGUUACAGUGAUGACCUAAUGAUAUACUUUUCAGGGUCAAUGAAAACGCGGUGAUUAAUGUGCACCUUGAUACCAACAGCGUGUUUAGAUAAUUCUCUUACAUGGCUAUAUUCGCUUCUUGCUGCAAUGAUCUGUUAUUUCAUUUUAAUUUGUUGAGUAGCUAGAGCUUUAAAUUAAAAAAUUCUCAAGUGUUGAUAGAUCACAUCAAUUCACGCACGAUAUCAGAAUGUAAUAGAAUUUAAUUAGUCAUUUGAUAGGGUUUUAAGAAUUACACAACUAAAUUCGUUUUUAUCGUUCCAGUUUUGUGAGAAGACAAAUGUAAUUAAUCGGCUGGUUCCCAAUAUUCUUAAAUUAUGCCAUUUGUUACCACUUUAAAAGUUGACGGAUGUUUUGCCAAAUAAACUGUUUAUUGAAAUUGGUAUUCCGAUGAACUCUGAUUACAAUCAACUGCAUUCUUUUCCUAGAAAUUUGUGUGGAAUAUAUUCUCUCUAAAUUUCAUAUGCCUUUAGCUUCAAACCACUGAGUGGCAUUUAACCUCGAAAAAAUAAGUGGAUACAUGAUAUUGAUUUUACUUAUUCUGAUUACAAAUGUGGACGCGAAUGGAUUGCCACGUCACAGGCAAGAAGUGACUAGUGCCAGGCAGUGCCAGUGAUCGUGCUGUGCCAGGCAGUGCCAGUGGUCGUGCUGUGUGCCAGUGCUGUGAGUACUAGACCGGCACCUGGUCCUAGUGCCCAGGUGUCGCUCUACCAGGACCUGCUGUUGUCUCGGUCUUGUCAGGCGGACCGCGACGCUGCGGCCACCAUGACCGUGACGUGGCCUCCUGCCAGGGAGAUGACCACUGACGUUCUGGGCUCUCCUAUAGGAGCCUCAGAUCCUCCUGGCGGAGAGCUCAUCAAGACAGGGUCUCCUAACAUCCUAUGCUCUCCUAUACCCAGCCACUGGCGCUCCAACAAAUCCCUACCCACGUCCUUCCGUGUCGUGGCUCUCGACGAAGUCAAAGACGGCACGACGGUAAACGUGCGCGUCGGUAACGACGAUAACUUCUGUGGCGAGCUCAGGAACAACACCGCACCCAUGAAGGGGCAGGUCGCUAAAUUCAACGACCUCAGAUUUGUCGGCAGAUCUGGAAGAGGCAAGAGCUUCUCGCUGAGCAUCAUCAUCAACACGACGCCCAUGCAGAUCACGACGCUCACCAAGGCAAUCAAAGUAACAGUUGACGGGCCCAGAGAACCACGCAAUAAAUCCCCAGGCCACAGCGGCUGGGGGUUUCCUCUGGGCUAUCAUCCGCUGCUGGACUCCCACCUCUCCAGUCUGGGUUACCUCAACCCCGGCCUCUUCGGCCACCUCGGCCACUCCAAAGCCCUCGAGCUCAGUCGAGCGGGCGGCGUGGCGACGUGGCUGGACGCGUGGCGGUCAUCAUCAGGACUGCUGCCGUCGCUGCCGUCGUCGUCCCUGCACUCGCCCUUCCAGGCCGCCCUCCACGCGUCGUCCCUGGCGGCAGCUUCACUGAACCCCUCAGUGGCGUCAGCUGCGGACUUCUGCACACGGUCCCGUCUGCAGCAUCAUACGGCCGGCACUGCAGACGUCGCCCCCUGCCUGCGGUGCCGAGGCUGUGAGACUGGGGGAGACUGCACCCAAACCCCUCCUUCCCCACUCACAUCCCCCACACUCUCCAGCACACCCCCUCCCCGCUCCCCGUCAUCUCCCGCAAUAACCAAGUCCCCCUGCACCAGUUCUUCCUCAUCAUUCCUCCAGUCCAGCAACAGCUGCUUCAGCAGUGUUCUCAGCGCCUUCUCAGUCCCCUCCUCCUCCCUACUUAACACCAGUCACUCCCCCACCUCAUCCUCCCUCCUUCCCCCCUCCCAUUCCCUCACAAACGUUCUACGGAACCAUCCUCUGAACGGUCCCGGCCUCUCUUUAGUAUCAUCGUCCCGCUCCCUGCCUCUGUCCCUAUCCCCGUCUCGUCCCCUGAGUUUUUCUCGCCACGCGUCCCCGUCGCGGGGAAGCGUCCAUCUGGCGCAGUCUCCCCAGCGCUCGUCUGUACUGCACUCACCCUCACUUCUGCCCCCUUUGGGGACGGCUGAGUCCCCCACACCUCGCUCCCCAUCACCUCCCCCGCUACUACCGCGGUCGUUGCUCUCCGCAACUAUUAACGGAUCUCCUUCGUCUUCUGUGUCUAACUCUUCGUCUUCAUCGUCCUCGUACUCACCCACCACAUCGUCGUCCUUCAAACUCACGGGCAGAAGUACCGAAUCCAAAGUCUGGCGGCCGUACUGAGGCUCGUGGUGGUCCAGGGGCCAGCGACCCAACACGGCACUUUUGCUCCACAUUGAAAUCGUUCACGUUUAUUUUUAUUAAAUAACAGGACCAAAUGCUAAUCGGACAUAACCGACAUUCAUGCAUUAGUGAGGAAUUUGUUGUGUACAGCGCAGCUCAGGCGAAAUGAGGAGUGGUCGUACUAUGAUUUCCCGCUCGCUUCAUAUAUGAAUGUUCACCUGUUGAAUUUUGUCAUUCUGUCCGUAAAAUUUUGAUGGGGUGAAAUUAUUUCCCGUUCCCCGUUCUCGAAAAUUUAUGCAACAUCGACUGAAGUUUAUCAUAAGUUUAGACACCUGAAACCUGCCCUGGAGGUUACAUUGUGAACGUCUGCUCUGCCAAUUUACUGAUCUCAUGUGGGCUACACUCACUACAACUUACUCGUACUAAGGCAAACGUUUUCAGUGUUUUCUUAUCAAGGCAUAUAUAUAUAUCCGAGCGCCUGAUGGCGCUAUAGUCAGAACCUGAUCAGCUUCUUGUGAGGGUCGGUCUCCGUGUUCCCAGUCCCUAAAUGAACCGUCGCGUCAAACAAGCAAUUCGACGAACCUGUGCUCUUCUGACGCUUAGAACGCGUAAGUGGCCCUGAACUACCAGAGCUUUGGCCAGUGCUUGAUCUUUGAAUGGAGUCGUAGUCCUUAACUCUGUGAUUUUUCAUUCCAUUAAAAUAAAGUGUUUUAACUAACGUUACAAGAAUUAAAGUUCUUAAUUGAUUGAAGGUUCUAUUUUAACAUACAUUUUUUUAAGACAAGCGAUUUACUGUUUCAUUUUUGAGAAGAGGUACAAAUCCAGAUAAGUGCAAUAUACUAUUGACGACGAUAUUAAUAGACGAUGUUUAGUCGGAGACGAUGUAUCGCAAAACAUUAUUCGUAAAUUUCUUUCCCUCAUGGAAAAGAAUCAGUUAAUUACUUUCUCGUUACAUUUCUCCUGCUGAAUGUGGAUAAAGCAACGUGAAACAGUCGAGCGUGUAAAUGUGUAUUAUAGUCAAUGAGUAAUUUUUAUAAUGCAGCCGCCACAAAUUUGUACAUAAUUAGUUAUAAUCAAACUGUAUCCAAUGACCGUUACUUAACUCGUCUCCGAUGUUCGUGCAUUAAACAUUAAUAAUUUUCUCCAGUUCGAUAUAGACAGAAUUUUUCAGUAAUUGUAGAUGAUUUAAAGGUAGCGAAUACAUUUUUAAGGUCUAGAAAAUUUCAUAGAAACGUCUUGCUGAAUGUCAUUCAAUUUUGUACAAAGAUUUGAAUGUGGAUCCCGACAGUGUCUGGGCAGUGGCCUCUCUAAAUAUAUCAUGGUCACGCCAUAGUAAGUGAUAUAAGGAACCAAAUCAUAGUGAUUUUUAAUAAGCUUCUUGUUAUUUUAUUUCUUCUCAAUACAUUAAUUGUGCAAAUUCGACAUUCGUAUACAUUUUUCUAACUUUUUGGUUUCGAACGCAGUCAAUAGCCCUAACCCGCCCGGGACUUCUAACAGAUCAGCACAACCUGAGCGUCCAGCACCACAAGCUGUUUUCCCCCUCCUUACCUGCCAUGUCGCCCGCUGCUCCUAUUAUGCAGCAAUUACCACCAAAUAAUUUUAUUAUUGUUAUCUAUGAGUAGAGACUUCUUAGUGAAGACUUCGUCAUUUGAAACAAAUGUUAAAUGGUAGUUCUUCCAAUAAGGUCCUCCUGGCAAUCAUGCAGUGACGAUUCCCGAUUUACAAGAAGUUCCUUUUCUUUAUAUUCUUUCAUUUGUACAUUUAUUCUUGAGUUGUCACACAGUUUUAUGCAUUCUCUUCACAAACCAAGACCUCAAGGUUCAACAUUAAUAGAUAUGCAUCAAUUUAGCUUUCAUUUUAUCAACUUUAUCAAUAAGUACUCUCCCAGUACUUAUUUAAUUAGCUCCGACCAAGAAACUUGAAUGCGCGCUACGCUCGCGAUAUAUCUAUUCUCCGUAGCAUUUGUUGCAAUUUCUGCUAGUAUUGCUUGAUGGAAAAGUCACGACACUUGCAGAACAUCAGGUCACUCUGUAAUAUUUACCGAGCUUAGUUUUUCAUAUGAGUGAAGGAAUUGCUCGCUUUUAAUUAAUAUAGAUUCGAAGAUGAAACCAGUAUGUUCGUGCGUUGAGCUGUGCGCCAUUUGCCAUCAUUGAUAACUUUUUUAUUUGUAAAUUUAAAAGUUUAAGGAAUAAAAUGUACGACAAAUGGACAAUUAGAUUACCGAGCGAUUUAUGGCAAGAAAUAUCAAUGUCUGAACCUGGACCGAAUGUCAGGACUGGACUGAAUCUUCUUUAGUUUGAGGCUCUUUCUUGAAUAAUUAAAUAUGUUUUUUUCUAAUUCUCUCCCUACUGCAUUGGCCAGGUGCUAAUUAAUUCUUGCGAAAACAUCACUAAUAUGCUAACAUUUGAAACUCAUAUUAAAAUGCUGGGAAGUAGUCUCCUAAUUUAUAUACAGUAGGUAGAUUUGCUUUUAUUUUCUAUCUUUAUCUAAAAUAAAAAUAGCGAAAUUGCGGGGGUAUUUUUGAGAGCAAAGUUAAUGUGGAUUUAUUUCGUAAAUUUAUACGACUCUAAAAGUUCUGGCACAAAGAAAAAAUUAUCGUCGGCCCGAUUUCCGCUGUAAGGGUUAACUGUUGGCGAAUGAAUUCCAUGUGCCGUGGUAGUCGAUAUGAAUUUAAUUGAGUUAUUCGAUCAAAUUGGAUUAAUUGAGUAUUUAUGGUAUUGUACCCGUGAAAUGAGUGAACUGUAUUCAACACAAAAUCUGUAAUAAAAAUCUCGUAACUUGGAUGUUUAAUUGGUAUCCCCAAAUUGUUUACAAUCUCAUGGCAUAUUAAAAUUUGUUGAUUAAUGGCCUUGUGAACUUCCGUGAAGAAUACGCAAACUUGCACUUAUAUUGAACACUCGUUACUUACAAUUAUCUAUGAAAGACAUAUAAGAUGUUAUGAUAAUCUGUAUUCAUUUAUUAUUAUUUACAACAUAUAUGACUUGUCACGAACUGUCAUUCGCUCAUUGGAAGUUUCACUCUCUGGAUAUUUCACUCACUGCACGUUUCACUCACAAGGAGUUUCAUUAACUGGACAUUCCAUUCACUGGAAAUUUCCAUUCGCUGGAAAUGUCUUCAGAAGCUUUUUUCCUUAUAAGACCCAUCCAUUUGAUGUUACACUCCCUCGAAACUUCACUUACAACCGAUGGGAGUUUCACUUAUUGGGCAUUUUAACCGCUUAGAAGUUUCACGCACUUGAAGUGUCAUUCACUGUGCCAUACCGUUUUUAUUUCUGAUCAAAAUCAUUUUCUUUCUUCGGACAUAAUUUGAACUAAGGGAGAUUAUUGCUAGUUCUGUGGCAAGGCUCAGUUGAUAAACUUCUUGGUUGUGUACCACAAACUCUUAUAUCCUUGUUCAAUUUUCAGCGAGAAAAAUAAA